CGAGGACAGGCGGCGCGCUAGGCGGCGGCCGUGCUCUCGCGGUCCACAUCAUGGCUGUACUUGCCACCCAGAGAUCCACCCAGAAAUAGAGAGAGGGAAGGCGAGCGCAGAGAGCGACGAACGGGCCGUAUAGCUAGACGAAUUGGUUGCCGCAGGACAUGUCAUCACAUACUCCGAUCGCCGGGGUGAAGGAUGGGCUCAAUGGCGUGCUGGCACAACACUAUCUUGGCACGUUUGACAUCCCUGUCACCAACGUCAACAUAAUUGGGCGUCCCAUAGCAACGUCAGGGGUAAGGAUCAUAACGGAGUCCAUGAAGCAAGCCCGCGGAUUCUUGCAGCAGCACGCCAUCUUGGCUAUGGUUGAAGCAUCGAAUGUACCCGCCGGCGGGCUGAGUGCGGCGGCAGCCGCGAAGCUCCAAUUACGGAUUCUGGACGGCGCGCACAGGACGCACUGUGCUCUGCAGCUGUACGGCGGAGAGUUCAUCAUCCCCUGUCGCAUCUAUACCGAUUUCAAUCCGCUGGAGGAGGCCGUCGUCGCCUCAGGCUUGAACAACGUCGCGCAGGCUCUGGUCCCCCGUGGCGUGUUCGACGAUGUUUUCUUCAUGAACCAGCUCCUCGAUGGCUUCAGGAAGAUGCAGGGGUUCGCUUUUCCCAUCUGCUAAGAUGAUCCAAGACGCCUACGUAAAGGGGGGUCUUUCUCCACUUAGCCA